AUGGAAGUGGAAGCUAACAUUGAACCUAUAAAUGAAUCCGUGACAACAGGAGAAGAUGGGGCUGGUGCUGGUGAAGCGGAUCCUAGGAUUCUGAAGCGCCUUCAGAAAAUUUUUGCAAAUUGUCACAACUUUGAAGAAUGGAGGGAGAACAGAAAAUUAUGCCUGGAAGCAGCAUCCCUGUUUGAACAUCAAGGUCGCGCUUCUCUCACAAAGGUUCGGUUUGACUCGGUGCACUUCUUCGUUCGUGUCAAACUCGGACCCGAUCAUGAUGCCUUUCUUCGAGCCUGUACAGACGGGACACUCUCGCGAGGCUUGACAAAAAUCCUCGUUACUCCAGAACUGAAGGAAGCCGCUGGAGUCAAACUCAGACUAAGGCUGGACGUGAAAGAGACGUCAAACACGAGUAACGUCUCGGCACCAGCAGAACAUUCACCUGUCGCCAUCAAAACCCUGCAAGAGAUGAACCCAACCGAUGUUCAGAAAUGGCUGAUUGAGGAAGUGCACGUAUCUAUCAGCAUAGCUACUAAAUUUGCCGAAGCAGGUGUUGAUGGAGAGCUUUUGAUACGAUACGAAGAACAACAUCUUCAAAAGGAUUUCGAGUUGCCUACAGGAGUAAUGCGAAAGAUAAUCUAUGCUCGAGAUGAUCGUACGAAGACGAGAGUUAAUACGCACCAACAUCACCCAUUGGCUUCCGAAAAGCACACUGACAACCUAGGCGUAGACGCUGGAACGAUUGAUUUACUUAGAUGA